UUCUCACCUGAUGUAUCAGCCACAUUAAAGGGAGUUGAUGGUCACAAUAUCAUGACCUCCCUCCAAAGGUCCGGUAUCCUUGUCUCUGCUGCACUUCGUGUCAUGCAUCCGGAUCUCUAUCUUGCCGGAAUUCAAACCCAAGUCAGACUGGGUGAAUGGGCGAGCCGGUACGAGUUGCAUGAUAUGUGCUAUCAUUUACAAUGUUGGACAUCUGUUUUCAAUGUGGUGUCAGUCAUUUGCAAUCGUCAGUCACCACCUCAUAGAGAUCUGAAAUGUCGACCGGAGGCAUUUGAUAUCAUGACCACCGCAGGUAUUUACCAUCCGGUCAUCAUGGAUUUCAUUAAUCUUGGGAUAAAAUUCUUAUAUAACUCCAGGUCAAUGUUGGCCUCAUCGUGUCGGCUUGUGAGACAUCAUAUGCACGUGGAGGAGGGCAACCAGAUUGUCACUGCAUGGUACAUGCGAGAUAGUAUCCAUAACUUUGUUGGAACUCCGAGAACAGAGUACACAAAAUAUGGCAAUGUGAAAUAUGGUGACCUGAUCGAGCAGAGUGCCUCUGUGUAG